UCCUAAAUCUACUAUUGCUAGUAUUAUGUCCCCAGCAUAUUCCUUUCUGCUUAGGGUUUUCCACUAGGGUUUCUCUUUCUCUUUCUUUUCCACAAAAUUUCCUCAACCCAUGAUUUCACUAUUUUUCAAUUAUAGGGGUUUCAGAGAUUCAUCAACCAUCGUUUAAGCCCGGUGAGAUCAAGCUCACCUACUUGUGCACACCGAGUAUUAGAGAGAGGCACAGAGAGGCUAUGAAUUUGCAGAGAGAGGCUAUGAAUAUGGAGGCUCGGGUGGGUGUGGUCGUGGAAGGAGGGCAGAGGGCUUUGAACUCCGCUCACGGGAGCGUCGUCGACCGGAAAUAUCUGCAGCAGCAGCAGCAGAGCCACUCGAAGCAGAAGCAGAUUGGCGCGGUGCAGCAGCUUCUCGCCGGUGGGAUUGCCGGCGCUUUCAGCAAGACCUGCACGGCGCCCCUGGCCCGGCUUACCAUCCUCUUCCAGGUGCAGGGCAUGCACUCUGAUGUUGCAGCACUGAGUAAGGCUAGCAUAUGGCGUGAGGCUUCUCGAGUCAUGAAUGAAGAAGGGUUUAGAGCAUUUUGGAAAGGCAAUAUGGUUACGAUUGCUCAUCGUCUUCCUUAUUCUGCACUCAACUUCUAUGCUUUUGAACGUUACAGGAAUUUUUUGCACUCGGUUGUUGGGGAAAAUCGUAGGGGUAUUAUGAGAUCAGAUUAUUGUCUGAACUUUGUGUGUGGUGGAUUGGCUGGAAUAACAGCUGCUUCUGCUACAUAUCCGCUGGAUCUUGUGAGGACCCGUCUUGCGGCACAGACAAAUGGAACAUACUACAGAGGUAUAUGGCAUUCAUUUCAUACCAUUUGUAGAGACGAAGGUUUUAGGGGCUUGUAUAAAGGACUAGGAGCAACACUUUUGGGUGUUGGGCCAAGUUUAGCAAUAAACUUUUCUGCUUAUAAGGGCUUGAGUUCAUUUUGGAAAUCUCAAAGGCCUAAUGAUUCCACUGUCAUGAUUGGUCUUGUUUCUGGCGGUCUUUCAGGCGUUGCAUCAUCAACUGCCUUCCAACUCUGAUCAUGUGACUGAAUCUGUAGUUGCAACAUUUUUACUUUAAUUUUCAUGCUUGGAUUUAUGUGAUCUCGUGGCCGUGGUAUUGGAAAGUAGAGAAGCAUAUUUUUGGAGGUAUUUGAAUUCUGUUGUCUUCAUUGCUAAUUAUUGGCUUACAUAUUUAAUUUGUGACUUGUCAGGGGGAUUUUCAUAUAAUACACAUUUUGGAGAUGAUAUUUUGUAUAGGGAAAAAGUAAAUUUAAUCCCUAGGUUUUAGUGGUAUUUCAAUUAGUCCCUGGGUUUCCAAUUUCGAUAAUUAGAUCCCUAGGUUUUACCCAAUUUCAAAUAGAUUCUUGCGUCAACCUCUGUCUAACUUACUGACUUUCCAUCUGCCACAUUUCAAACAUUUGUCAUGCUUUCGGCGUCAUAUCUGCCAUGUCAUGAUCGUGUCAGUCACUAAAAAACAAAAAUUGCCUACAAGAAGUUAUAUAUACAUAUAUAUAAACUGUCUUCCUCAGUUUACACUGCUGCGUUGAUCAGAAAACAGGCAUUGAACACAAGAAGAAAAACCACAUCCUAGGGGACCUAUUAGAGCUGAAGCUUCAUCUCCUUCCUUUGAACACAAAAAAACCCUAGCCAAUCCUUCAAACUUUCUUGGAAAGUGUGCCAACUAGAUCGUAGUUGAUUCCUUGGAUCAUUGAAAGAUAGUUAAUGAUGCAACCACAUGUGGCUCAGCAAUCGUCCGUGGUCUUGGAAGCAGCAGUUACUGCUUUUAUGCCGUUACAUCAAACGGUAGCGCACGGUCCCUCCCAUUAUUGCUGUAUUGCAUAGCUGAUGCGUGGAGUCCGUGUGUUAGCAAUGCAACAACAUGAGCAGAGCCACCCAACGUGCACACAAGCACUGUUGUGUAUACCAUCUUAAACGCUGCAAACCUUGGAAGGGUACUUUUGUUCUCUCACGCACUAAGCCUUUAUUUUCCUUAUUUCUGGGCAUGGGGACGACAACAUGUCCGUAUAGGCCUUAUAUGGAGUGCCGAAAAUGAUGGAGGCUUGAGGCUUCGAUUUUUACCUUUUAGUAUUUUGGCUGCAAGAAAACUGAGACUGGGUCCGAAUAUUUUUUCUUGAUCUGAUGGUUCUUAGCAAGAAGAUCCAAAAAUACUAUUGGACCUUCAUGCGGAAAAGAAGUUCCAUGAGUUCUCAUGGCUUCAAGAAGAUUCUUUUUAACUCCUUGUAGGCGAAUAAUUUUUUAGAGUGCGACUCACGUGUUUAUGACUGGGCAGUACGUGGGGCUGACAGCCUGUGCAUGAUGUGUCAAAUGCGUGACAUGUGGUAGGUAGAAAGUUGGUUAGUUGGACAAUAGGUUGACAGAGGGAUCUAUUUGAAAUUGGGAGUAAAACCUGAUGACCUAAUUAUUGAAACUGAAAACCUCUGGAUUAAAUUGAAAUCGCUUAAAAAUUUGGGGAUUAAUUUUGAUUUUUCCCUUGUAUAUAUCAUUUACUAGUAGUCAUCAAGCUCUAAAUGUGAAGAAAAUUAUCUCAUUGUUGCGAUGGUUUUGCUUUUGGUGAGGUGUCCUGACUUUGGACUUUCCUUUACACUGAAAGUUCAUGUUAGAUGUCUUUCUCAAUUUGGCAUAUGUUAAUUGUUAAUUAUGAGAUCCCAAUGAAAUCCAUUCGGAACGUAGAGGUGGAGCGAGGAUUUUGGUUCACAAAGCAAGAUUAAAAGAUUAAAAAAAUUGAUUAAAAAUAUUAAAGAACAUAAAUUUAUUAUAAGUCAUUUUGACUUAUAACUUAUAAUAUUUAUCAAAUUUUUUUUUUUAUUACAAGUCAUUUUAAUGUUAGAGUGCAAAACUAAUAAUGGUGUUGAGUAUUAAAUUACCAGUUAUCCUAAAAGUUUAAGCUGGAUGGAAGAAAUAAAUUUAAUUAUUUAAUCAUUAGUUGAACACUCUCCCUUACAUGUGGGCUCAAAUUCCCUUUUAAUAGGUGACGUCCAACACAUAAAAUAUUUAAUUUGAAUGGGGGUGAUUUGACGGAGUUAAGGUUCGAUCCCAGGAUCUUUGGCUCUGAUGCCAUAUUAAAUUACCAGUUAUCCUAAAAGUUUAAGAUGAAAGGCAUGAGUAAAUUUAAUUACUUAAUCAUUAGUUUAACAUUGAGUAGUGGCCAUAAGAAUAUCGGGUGUUGUCUAUAAGUAGUGACCAUAAGAGUACUUGUUAUUGCUGAUGAGUGUCCUGGGGGCAGGGUUUCAAUAUAUCUUAUGCAUUUACCUAAGAACAAUGCUUGUGUUUUUUGUUGUCUGGAGUUGGUGUCUCACAAUCAAGCUACUUUGAAAGAUUUCUUUUUCUAUUUGGUGCUAUUUUUAGGUGUAGGGAACAGAUUUGUGGUUGGAUUUAUGUAGGGUGGAGCUUUGUGAACAUAUUUUGUUUGGCUAGAAAACGAGUUGGGGAAGGGAGGUUACUGUGUGAAAUACUAAUUGCAUAAAUAGUCAGAAUAACAUUCUAUAUUUAACUUGUGGGGAGGUACGAGGCCUUGCCAAUAUAUUUAAUUCAAAAAUAAAGAAAAGGUACAUAAUAAUUUCACGAGAUUUUAAAGGACGUCAUUGUAAUUUUUCUGAAAGAUUUUGUAUCAAAAACAAAAGUAAAAUGGUUGCAAGGAAAAAAAUCUCAAACUUUGAGCUCCCUCUAUUCCAGGCACCAUCCUUUUCCCUUACCUUCCUAUCUCCUUUGAGACAAACUUUCAGCUACUCCCUACUUUUUUAGGCAGGGGGCAGGGGGGUCAUUUGCCCCCUUUCGCCUCCUACAUACUAUUCGUUUUCUUCCUGUACAUGUUGAAAUCACCAUUAUAAACUGAUAUAAUUAUGGACAUAAUGUUGUAAAUUUUAUUCUUAUCCGUCACUUUCAAUAUAUCUGCGUCAUGAUGUUUUGUUCUCCUGAUUACU